CCGCAAAGAUCUGGUGGGGGGGCCAUUCUCAUAAACGCUCCUGUGUGUGUGUGUAUGAGAGAACAUAAUCGCGGAUCCAGUGACCAGCGCGUCGCAAUCGCGAGUUGUUCCUUGGCGAGAGAACUCGUUUCAUAUUUGGGAUCAGUUCACGGGUCCCAGUCGCAAUGUGGAGAGCACUGUUGACGUUGGCUCUAGCCAGUCACACCCUGGCCGUGCCGGCUCUGCAGGACCAGGGCUUGGACAGCCUCAUAUCGAACGUUUUCGGGCAGCCCUCGACCCAAACCACGGCGCCCGUCACCGAGGCGAACGAGGACGGCAAUUUGGACGCUUUGAUCGGGAACGUGUUCGGUACACCGUCCAGCGUGAACCCUACCAGCAAUAUAGGGACUUCGGGUUCGGGGUCAAACACCAUUCUGGGGACGCAGAACACGCCGAAACCGUUGCCCAGCGACUGCGAAUGCGUCCCGUACUUCCAGUGCAACAACGGGACCAUUCUGGAUAACGGGGUCGGGCUGAUAGAUCUCAGGUCCAAUUUUGAUGACAAUACUCCCGGGGAUCGCGCUCUGGAAGCCUUCGGUCCGUGCGAGAACUACUUGGACGUCUGCUGCAAGCCUCCGGACCGGAAGAACGAAACGACUCCCACGACUCCGGCGGAGAGGAAGGGUUGCGGGCAACGAAACCCGCAAGGUGUCGGUUUCAGGAUCACCGGAGACAACAACAACGAGGCCCAAUUCGGCGAGUUCCCAUGGAUGGUGGCGAUCCUGAAAGAGGAAAUGAUCGGCGCGAACAAUCAGAAACUGAACGUCUAUCAGUGCGGAGGUUCCUUGAUCCAUAGACAGGCCGUUCUGACGGCUGCUCACUGCGUGCAAGGGAAAAACCCGUCCGAGUUGAGGAUCCGUGCAGGCGAAUGGGACACGCAAACCGUGCACGAAAUAUUCCCGCAUCAGGACCGAACUGUGAAGCAGGUCAUCGUCCACGACAAGUACUAUCCCGGUGCUCUGUACAACGACGUCGCCAUCUUGAUUUUGAGCGAGCCGGUCACUUACGCGGAGAACGUCGACGUCGUGUGUCUGCCCGAACGAAACGAUGUCCUCGAUGGAUCUCGAUGCAUCGCCAGCGGCUGGGGCAAAGACAUAUUCGGUAAAGAGGGUCAUUAUCAGGUAAUCUUGAAAAAAGUGGAACUACCAAUCGUGCCACGCGACAGAUGUCAGGAGAGUUUGCGAAAGACGAGAUUAGGGAAGUACUUCAAGCUUCAUGAAAGCUUCAUCUGCGCCGGCGGGGAGGCUGGCAAGGACACCUGCAAGGGUGAUGGAGGAAGCCCCUUAGUGUGCCCUAGCAAAACCAAUCCCAAUAAAUACGUGCAGGCGGGUAUCGUGGCAUGGGGAAUCGGCUGCGGUGAAGACGGUACCCCAGGUGUCUACGCCAAUAUCCCAUAUGCACGCGACUGGAUCGACGAGCAGAUGGCCUUCAACAAUUUGGACAAUACCGUUUACAACGUUUAACAUCGAAAACAGACUGACUCGUUUUAUAAAUUCCCUUCAUAAAUACAGAUCGCCAUCCUCUAUCACCUUCUGUCCAACAGCAUUUUUUAAUAUUGUAAUCAGCACAAGAUAAUAAAUGAAAUACGAGUAUACAGUAAGAAAGGUUU